AUAAUGAGCUCAUGAAAAUCAUUGACUGGAUCCCCAAAACAUGGCAUCAUCUCAACAGCUUCCUAGAAACGCACAGCUCUUCAGAUGUAACCAUUGGUCCCCGCCUCUUCCUCCCUUGCCCUAUGGAUGUUGAUGGCUCCAGAGUGUGGUUCACAGACCUCUGGAACUAUUCCCUGGUGCCAUAUCUUCUGGAAGCUGUGAGAGAAGGACUUCAGAUGUACGGUAAGAGGGCACCCUGGGAAGAUCCCUCCAAGUGGGUAGCUGAUACCUAUCCAUGGAGCUCUGCAUCUCUACAGCAUGAGUGGCCAUCGUUACUUCAGUUAAGACCAGAAGAUGUUGGAUAUGAAGGCUAUGCAUCAGCAAAAGAAGGAACAACCUCAAAGCACGUUCCACAGACUGAUACAGAGGGGGAUCCCUUGAUGAAUAUGCUAAUGAGGCUUCAAGAGGCAGCCAACUAUUCGAGCGCACAAAGCUGUGACAGUGAUAGCACCAGCCACCAUGAUGACAUUUUGGAUUCAUCCCUUGAAUCAACUCUCUGAAAAGGACAAACCUUGGUGGAGGAUUAUGGUAAAAUCUGUUUCCACUAGACCACUGCCAGUAUUAAAGCAGCACACGGAGGUCCCUGAGUGAGAAUGGUGUGUUGUAAGUAGGCAGGAGACCUAACUCUGCAAAGUCAGGAAGAAAAAUUGAAGUGGAAAGCUUGAAUUAGUUUAACUUCAAGGCAUUUCAAAACCUAUGGAGCCAAGUGAGACUCCAUUUGUCAACUGGAAAGGGCCCUAGCCCAAGGGCAUCUAAGCAGAUUGCACACGUGUUAGCCAAACUGGAAUAUUUUUUUUUCCCUUUUCCUCUCUCUCUCUCUCUCUCACUCUCUCUCUCUGUUUCUCUGUACAAGUUUACAGUGCAACUUCUCUUGUUUUUUUUUCCUUUACUUUACCCUGAGGCACUGCAUGAACAAUGUGGUCUUCUAAUUCUCUUCUAACCUCUGUUGUGCCACAUGGUGCUGGUCACAGGACUGCAGUAGUGUUUGUGUUGUAUGCUACUGCCCAUUCCAAAAUGAGUCAAAGACGAUGACAGUAACUCAGAAAGCACAAACAGUAUUGUGCAAUCACCAGAAAACAUGACUGUGAUAUGCUGGAUAAGUGCCAAUUUAAUUCUAACUGCCAUGGUCACGGUGAUGCGCUCCAUUAAGUUUUUAGUACACGAGUCACAGAUUUUAUAAAGUUGUUUUUACCACAAAGGUCUUUUUUAACCACCUGCCCACUCCUUAACAACAGUUUUAUACCAAUUAUUAACCAACACUGAUUAAAGGCUUUUUAGGGCUUCAUUUGUUUGAGCCUUUUCAGUGAAAGAAGGAACAUUUCUUAUGGUGCUGUCUCACUGCCUUAAAACAGAUUUCUAGAACAGUUUUACAGUUGGUUUAAUUCCUAAACCAUUGGUAAUUUACACUGUUUUUUUCUUCAUUUACUAAUGAGAAAAAGUCAGUUAACACAGUAGCCUCAUAUCUGUAUAUCAUGAUUUUUUAAAGAAAUGGAUAGGAGAAAGAACAGUUGCUAUAUAAUAUUUUUAUCUUGUGAAUAGAUUGCUCUGCCUACCCUCAGAAAUACACAAGGAACCCAAACCCACUUCCACUGCCACCUAAAUGCUGAGAAAAUCGGCUCAAAUCCAUUUGAUCCCAUAGAAUGGAGUUUUUGGAGGAUGGAUGUUUUGAAUUCUUAUCCAGCAGAGCUGGAUGCACUUGAUGCAGCAUGAGCACAAAUAUAUGUUUUUUUUUUUCCUUUUUCUAGUUUUAGCAUGUUGUUUUGAUUGCUAUUGUUGUACAUGAAGAAUUCAGCAUAAAAGAACACUGAAGCAGUGAUGUCCACUGUGGAAGAGGAAGAGUUUAUACUGUAAAGUGGGUUGGUUUUGCACAGUCUACUGGGUGGGUAUUGUAAAUACUGAAAAAAAAGAAAAAAAAAAAAAGAAAAAAAAAGCCUUGCACAAAUCAAAUCAAAAACAAACAAACAAAAAAAAUUGUAUUUUAUUCUGUUGGUGUUAAGAGAUGUUUCACUUGCUGAGAUUUCCUGUAUGUUGCAAACAAAUACAGAAUGCAAACCUUAAAAGCUGUUAUUACCUGGUGUGUUUGUCCUGUAUUUACAGUUGCUAUGACUAUGCAGGAGCUAUCAAUGCUACAGUGAGCAUGUUUCAAUAUCUAUACGAAGCCAAUACACUUUGGGGGGAAAAAAUCUGAAAAUGUUUUAAGUGUAUAUGUCACGGCAGGCUACAACCAGAUUGCAUUCAAACUGCUCAGAAUAAUCGGAAACGCUCUUUUACCACAAGAGGCAUCCGGUUAAAAUAGGUGCAUACAAACAAGAAGGUAUCUAAGGGCUUUGGCAUUGUGUAGACAUGUACUGUACACCUCCAUAGAUGCUACCUUCAGGAUGUAUAUUUGGUGCUAUUAACUCUUUGUGGCCAUCCUGCGGUCACUCGCUGUAAAACAAAGAUAAAUCAAUGCAGUUUCCAAAUGGCACUGAGCUGCAUCGCUGAAUCUAGAGGUUCCUACACGGUGCUAUUGCCCUAUAAAACUCCAACUGAUUUUAUGCAUGUAGGGUUCAGUCAGACCAACAUCGUGCCCCCCAAAUCUGGAUCCAUUUCUGUUGCAAAAUGUCAGUGCAUACACCUUGACUGACUCAAAGAACCAAAGGAAAGCUGCUCUUUCCUGUACCUGUGCUCUGAGCAAACCUGCAAACUUUUUCCUGCCAUAUUUAACACACAGAUACACAAUAUCACAUAUACAAAACUUCCUGCAAUACAUCUCAGUGAGUCCACCUAAUUUACAACUCAGAAAUUGUUUGUGAAACAUUUGUCUGUACACAUUUUAUAUUUUGUACAUUUUUGAUGUAACAUAUCAUGUAAAUAGACAGAAACAGUGAAAUAAAUCAUCUGAAAAGUUUUGUAGUCUUUGUAAAGCCCUAAUAAUAAGUAUUUGGUGUCAUCGAACUUAACUGGAUGAUGUAUUUUCUAUUGGUUUAUUGUUCCUCUAGCUUGUAAACCAGCUUGCGUAUAUUUUUUGCAGGUGUGCACACUGUAUCUGUCUAAAUUAUUACUUUGCCAUUAAAGUGGAAUUAUUU